AUGGGCCGUUAUCCGCUAAAGUCCUACGUUGCUCCCUCAAAGAUAUUCUUCUAUACUUGGUUCUGGGGCGCGCACAUUGCCAUAUUUGCAUACGGAUGGUACUACCAAGCAAGUAGCAAGCCUUUGGCACCGCUGAAUGCACUUUCCUAUUCAGUUUGGAUCUCGCGAGGCGCCGGCCUGGUACUGACGGUCGAUGGAACACUUAUCCUGUUACCGAUGUGCAGGAAUAUUGUCAAAUUUCUUCGCCCCAAGCUACGAUGGCUACCGCUCGACGAGAACAUAUGGUUUCAUCGCCAGGUGGCCUAUGCGACUCUCGUAUUUACCAUUCUCCACACUGCUGGUCACUACGUCAAUUUUUACAAUAUCGAGAAAAAGCAGCUGCGACCCGAGACAGCUUUACAAAUACACUAUACUCAAGCCGGCGGAGUCACUGGGCACGUAAUGCUGUUUUGCAUGAUGCUCAUGUAUACGACAUCCCAUCACCGGAUUCGCCAACAGUCGUUUGAGACCUUCUGGUACACGCAUCACCUGUUCAUCCCAUUCCUGCUGGCUCUCUAUACCCAUGCAACAGGUUGUUUUGUUAGGGAUAGCGCGGAGCCAUACUCACCUUUUGCUGGAGAACAGUUCUGGAACCAUUGCCUCGGAUACCAUGGCUGGAGAUGGGAGCUUGUGGCGGGGUUCUUCUACUUGUGCGAACGUCUAUGGCGCGAGAUCCGAGCACUACGUGAAACGGAGAUUGUCAAAGUCAUCCGCCAUCCAUACGGCAAGUCAUUCCUUCCAUUACCCAUGUACAUUAUACUAACGACCGCAGACGCAAUGGAAAUCCAGUUCCGCAAACCAAGCUUCAAGUACAAAGCCGGACAGUGGCUCUUCAUCCAAGUCCCCGAAGUCUCAAACACCCAAUGGCACCCCUUCACCAUCACCUCCUGCCCCUUCGACGAAUACGUCAGCAUCCACGUCCGACAAGUCGGCGACUUCACCCGCGCCCUCGGUGACGCCCUCGGAUGCGGUCCCGCACAAGCCCGCGACCUCGAAGGCCUCGACCCCAUGGGCAUGUACGAAGUCGCGCUGCAGAACGGCCAACAAAUGCCCAAGCUCCGCGUCGACGGCCCCUACGGCGCGCCCGCAGAAGACGUCUUCGAGAACGAAAUCGCCGUCCUCAUCGGCACAGGCAUCGGCGUGACGCCGUGGGCCUCCAUCCUCAAAAACAUCUGGCAUCUCCGCGCCUCCCCAAACCCACCCCGGCGUCUCCGCCGUGUCGAAUUCAUCUGGGUCUGCAAGGACACGACCUCAUUCGAGUGGUUCCAAGCCCUCCUUUCGUCCCUGGAAGCCCAGUCCGCUUCCGACGCCGCCUACGAGGGGAUCUCCGAGUUCCUGCGCAUCCACAUCUACCUCACACAGCGCCUCGACCAGGAUACAACCGCCAACAUCUACCUCAACUCCGUCGGCCGCGAACUCGACCCGCUCACCGAACUCAAGAGCAGGACCAACUUCGGUCGCCCGGACUUCAAGCGGCUGUUCACGGCCAUGCGGAACGGGCUGCAGGAUCAAUCCUACAUGCGCGGAUUGCACACGCACUCGAAGACAGAGAUCGGUGUGUACUUCUGUGGUCCGAAUGUUGCCGCCCGCCAGAUCAAAGCUGCUGCGUCGUCUGCGUCAACGAGCGAGGUCAGGUUCAAGUUCUGGAAGGAACACUUCUGA